AUGCCAUCCCUGGCACCAGGAUUUAGCGCUGUGAACCAUAGCCAAGUGUCGCUGGUGUCUUUCCCUGUCUCUGUUUGUUUGUUUUCCCCCUCUGCGUGCUGCGCCAAUGCCCAUGUGGCCGUGGAACAGCCCAGUUGCUCCAAGACGCUUGGUUUCAAAGCGGGGCUCAGUUUGGUGUUCCUUGCCCUCGUAAAGUGUAUUGUGGAUCUACCAUCACCCAGCCAACCCAAGCACAGCUUUGAACAUGGUCGAUUGAGCGUGCGCAGAGCCAACGAACCAACACAUCUCUUUUCUCUCCUCCACCAAAAUCUCUCUCUCUCCCUCAAGCUCUCAAGCUCUCGUCUUAAUUGUCAGAUUUUCAAACUCACAUCGGAUACACAUUCGCAUUCUCUCUUUCUCGACACACACACACACACACACACACACACACACACACACACACACACACACACACACACACACGUGGAGCGCGCUCUACGUUUCUCUCUCUCUCUCUCUCUCUCUCUCUCUCUCUCUCUCUCUCUCUCUCUCUCUCUCUCUCUCUCAGACUCGAUCUUCUUCUUUUUUUUUAACUCGCAGGGUCGAGAGCUGGACGGGGCUGGCGCUUGCCUGGACGGUUCAAAAGCGUGGGUGGCCCUGUCCUUUCUGACCCGAGAGGGGAGACGAGAUAUAGGGGUCAAGUUGACGUUCGAGAUGCCCGGCUCAAAGUCUGCGAGCGCUCGCUCGACGCCGAGCCGCAAAGCAGGCACGCCCAAGAAGGCAGCCUCAAACGCCGCAUCGGCCCAUGCGACACCGCGGAGUAGUGGCAAGCAGCAGAAGCGCACCAAGAGCCAGCGUUCAACGCCUUCCAAAAACGCUGCUGAGACGGAUAGCUCCGAGGCCAGCUUGUCCCUCUUUUCCUCCAGCACGCGCGCCGCCCUCGAAGCAGAGCGUCCGGUUCAGGCUGACAUUGAUACUGUCGCCGCUACCACUCAGAGUGCCAAAUCCGACGUGCUUGAUGAGCGUGCUGCUCUCACAGGUACCACGACUGUUUCAGAGCCCGUGGUUCCAAUGGUUGCACCGGCAGCAAUUCGCAAGGUGCUCAAAACUCUGCGCGAGGGCUGUGCUGCCUCUACGGCACACGUUCAAAAGUUUUUGCGCCGUGUCGAAGCCGACGAAAUGCCAACUUCUCAAGGCGUUUCUUUCCUUGAGGCCAAGGUGCAAACAAUGCUCAGCUAUAACCUCAAUCUGUGCUCAAUCCUGUUGCGCAAGCUACACGGUGGAAGCUUGACACAGGCCUCGGCUGUCGAGAACUUGGCUCGCCUGCGCGUCAUCCUCGAAAAGAUCCGGCCUAUUGACAAGAAGCUACAGUACCAAAUCGACAAGUUGAUCCGCUUGUCCCAGACACAAGACAACGAGGCUGGCGCCGAGUCCGGUCUACAGGCAGAUCCGCUGCUGUUCAAGCCCAACCCAGCUGCUCUCAUGCCCAAGUCGGGCGCCGAUGCCGCGUCAGAAUCGGAAAGCGAAGCUGAAGGCGCGCAUGAUGCCGAUGCUUCGGGCGUCUACCGCCCGCCAAAAAUCGCUGCCAUGCCCUACAACUUGGACGAGACGCAAGCAGACAGAAAGGCCCGCGACGAGGAGCGCAAGCUGCGUCAGCUGUCACGCAGUUCCAUGCUGCAGAGCCUUCGAGAGGAGAUUUCCGAUCGCCCCAUGGAGGUACGAGAGGAACGUGAUCUGCUCAAGCAGCGUCAAGCACCUCAAGUGCGGGCUGCCGCUGAGCAAGCUGAGUAUGAGGAGGAGAACUUUGUGCGCUUGGGCAUGUCAAAGAAGCUCAAACGUCGCAGCAACUAUCGGUCAGAGACGCACGACAUUGUUGACUUUGGUGGUUUUCGCCAUUUGGACGGCCUGGGUGAAGGCCCUGCGGCUGGCAAGGCGCUCAAGCAGCGCAUGUCCAGUGUCAAUCAGAAGCGUGCCAAAGGCCGGGCAAAGCGUGCCAAGCGCAUCUUCACACCUCCGCCACCCUGCCCGUCUGGCAUACUCAAACGCUCAACGUUGUUACAGCAAAGAGGAGCGCUCUCUGUGAAUCGUCUCUUUAAAUCUCUCUCUCCCUCUCUCUCUCUCUCUCUCUCUCUCUCUCUCUCCCUCUCUCUGACUCUCUCUCUCUCUCUCAAACUCUCAAACUCUCAAACUCUCUUUCAAACUCUCUUUCAAACUUUCGCUUUCGUCCUCUCUCUCUCAAACCAAUUCAUUCUCUCUCUCUCACUAAAUUUCUCUCUCUCUCUCUCUCUCUCUCUCUCUCUCUCUCUCUCUCUCUCUCUCUCUCUCUCUCUCUCACACACAGUGACAUGCGGUCACAUUCAUGGCAGCACUUUUUUUUUUAAGAAGAAGAAGAAGACCGUUGAGCGCUCAACGCGCCAAAGGCGACAUCACAGGCUGGCUGCUCUUCUCGAGCUACGUCAGCUCCUGGACAUUACUCCGGCCAAGGACCUCAGCAGCCUCUCUGAAAAUAUGCUGCGUCAUUUGGGUGCUCUAAUGCAACGCACUGUCUCAGCGGAUGCGCCUGCCAGUCUUCGCCUCUCAGCCGCAAAAGCCAUCGGUCUAUUUGCUCAACGCCUAGGUCCACACGCUGUCAGUUACUUUGCUUGGUUCAACACCACUCUUUCAAACGAUCUCAGGGUAGACGAUGCCCUUCCGAUCCUUUUCUCUCUCUCCGUGGCUCUAGAAGCUGACCAUGGCAAAACACUCGCGAGUUUUAUGCCCGUCUGCGUCAACACGUUGCGAGCCUACCUUCAGCGUCUUCAGUCCCCGCUCUGCCUGCCGGCUAUUGUCGAGAUUUUUCGCCAAUUGGUCCAGGACAACCCCACUGCGUAUGUACCCAAGUUUGAGGACAUUGUUGAUAUUCUUAUUGGGUGGGCCACGGAAGUGGGCACGCCAGCGCGGAUUCGUGAGAGCAUCACGCUGGGUCUCGCUCAGUUUUCCAACUUUUGGCAAGCCAAGAUUGUCUUUGCCGUCGAGAUGAUGGAUGCCUUCUUGGAGGACACAGCAGGUCCAAGUUCCAAGGCAUCGCUCAUGAGCAUUGCACCACCGCCUGUCAGACUGUUAAGGGUUGGUGAGAAUCCCAACUUUUCACAAAGCCUUUUGAAACUCGUCGGAGAUACCAUGUGUUCUCUCUUCCUCUCUGCGGGCCCACAUGCUGCACCGUUCGCCACCACAGCCUUGCGUACCAUGAUGCUGCAGCUCAGCGUGCAGCUACCCUCGGUCCCAGACCUUUGUCAAUGGCUGCACAAUGUACAAGACGUAAUGCGUGCAUGCGGUGCAUCCCUGCCCGUGGCUUUUGCGACCGUCCUACUGAAGCCCAAGUCCCCUUUUUCCCGUUUGCGUUUUCAUGGUCAUACGCAGGUGGUUGAGCUAACCAUGGAGAUUUACACCAGUUUGCUGACGCACGGCUCCUCCGCCGUGCUUCACGAAGCAUAUCAGCUGAUUGCAAGCGAUUUACGACAACAGUCAGAAGCGCUUGUUGACGCCAGCACACAAACGGGUGUGGAUGACAAUUCCUCGGAGCUCACAAGCAAUGACAACAUGGGUAGCUGUCGCACCUUGACGGCCCGAGAAGCCGUCACCGCGUUCGUGUUUGAUUUGCUAGCCCUUCGGCCCUUGGCUGCACAGAGCAACAAUGCAAGUCAGCUAGAUUUGCGCGCCCUUGAACCAAGCCUGCCACACCUGUUGUUUGCCCAAAUGGCUCUCAGCUUUCCCGAGGCCUUGUAUGCUUUGCUUCAAGUGCUGUACACCUACUGCAAGAGUCACGCGCACUUCAUUCAAGCGGCAGCUCUCCCUGAGGCACAGGCAGAACUGGACAUGAUUUACGGGGUUGUGAUUUUUUGCAUCAGAGAGACGGCUCUACCGAAUGACCACAUGCUCUUUUGCCUUGCUUGGAUCACGCAAGCGGCUGUCUUUGCUGGGCAGAUAUGCUGUGCGGACGUUAGCUCGGUGCGCCUCGCAGCUACCGUGGCUGCACAUGCUUUGGUAACGAAUGGCCUGGCUGCCGGGCCCCUCGCAAAACGCGCGGCUCUGUUGGCAUUGGAGCGUAUUAAUGAUGUUGACGAUGAGGUAGCGGCGGCCGCUGCCGAGUUGAUGAUCGUCUUACCCUUUGGCAGUGUCGACUUGAACACUGCUCAAGCGCUCCUUCAUCGCCAGACGCGAUUGGCACUGGGCAUCAUGCGAAAGGCGGGCGAUAUUUCCUUCGGACCCAACACCUACAAACGAGUCUUGCGCUUGGAUCUCAAGCUUGCACGACCUGACCUGCUCAACACCUUGUUGUUGCCCAUUGCUCACUCGUUCAUCCGGCACCGGCUGACCACGCCGCUGGGCCCGCCAGAACAGACGCUCAAGGCUGUCAAUGAUGUCAUUCGCAACCUGGCACAGUCUCUGCAACCCAACGCGCGCCAGACCUUACUGGCCAAGGACGCGUCCCCCCCCAAUGUGAUUGUGCUUCGUCAGCAAGUUGCCGCUUUCGUGCAGUUUCUCGGUGCCAUGGAACGUGAGCUUUUGGCCGCAAUUCACGGCACUGCCAUGCGUCCUUCUCUGCCAACAAGUGCUUCUGCCUUCUUUUUGGGCAAUCGCGAGAUUUGUCAUCAAUGGCUGCGCAAUUUACACGCCUCUUCACUGGUGGUCACGACGGCUUUUGGUGCACAUGCCGAUGCCAUUCGCCACGGCUAUGCGCGCCUGAAGGACCUGGUUCGGCUUCUCAAGCAAGCCAAACCUGAAGACAUGAUGAACGCUGCCAUCCAAGUCCUGUACACUUUUUGCACACUGGUACCUGUGCUGGUGCACGAAAGGCGAGCUGAUGACCUCAUCGGCCUCCAGACUUUCCUUCGUCGCCAUCUCCCACAGGCUAUGCUUCAAAGCGGGGCCACGCGUGCGGAUGGCCAUUGCAUUUGGUUUUCCUUUGUGGAUGUCGUUCAUGCGCUGGCCAGUACCAACUACGAGCGAGCCCGUGGCAAGGCCGACGAGCACCGUGCCCAUUUUGUAGCUGCUUGCACAUCGCCCGACCCAACCUCAUCAACGGAAGCGCAACCUUUGUUCCCACAGCCUCACCGGGCAGAAGCUGACUUUGUAUUGCAAGCCAGCAUCAAGGCAGCCGUUGCCCUUGCAGACUGGCAGGCACUUGAAGCUUGCAACCGUGACCUUGCAGCCCUGUCCGCGCAACAUCAAGACCGUGAUGUGCUUAUCCAUGCUGCCCAAGCUGCCCAACGUGAAGCAGUCAGCUCCAAGGCCUGGCAAUUUUUCGAUGAGGCUGACUAUCAUUCGACCAUUGAGGUCUUGCACGGUGCCGCUUUCAACGGGGGUUCUACCACUAGCACAGGAGUUUCCGGACAUGGUGCCAAUACUUGGACCUGGCAUGCAUGUUUGCGAGAAGCGGAUGAGGCGAUGUUGUUGGCAAUGGCUCAGCAUGCAUCAGGCGCGUCGCCAGCAUCUACGACUGCAGCGUUCAACCGCUUGACCACAUCCCAGGAACGCUUGAGUGGCAUGUUGUGUGGAGCCACUGGGACCUCAGGAUAUGCCAACAUUCAACUCACCACGCGCCUGAGCUGCAUUGGCGCCCUAGUCUACGCUUUGGCCCCAUCCGCACAGCUCAAAGUUGAAGACUCGGUCACUGGCCCGUCUCGCAGCAGCGUACAUCGCAGUGAAGCUGGGUUUCCGUUGUCUCUUUUGGAGACUGCUGCGGAGACCAACGACGUGACUUUGGCCGACCUCAUUGCCAUGCAGCGAAUCGUGGGCUUCCUCAAGCAGCACACAAAUCUUAUUGGCGAGGGUCCCUCGUCGAUGUUCCGAUUGCGAGUGGCGCGCAUGGCGCGUCGAACAGGCAACUUGCAGACCGCUGCCCGAUUCCUGGUGGACUCAUCAACCUCGGUUGGCGGUCCUGCCGCAGAAUUGUACGAGCAUGCGAAACAAGCCCUUGCUCGGGGACAGACCGAUGAAGGUGCCCAAGGUCUCCUUCGUGUCGUUGCCUCUGCUGCAACGCAGGAGAAUUUGGACAUCACUUUCCGUGCUGGACGCGGUCCUCUGCCUUCACGUGCGCUACUCAAACUCUGCAAGCACAUUCGCCAAACCCCAGAGCUGCGCCUGCCCGAAGACUGUGCAGAGCAGGUGUUGCAAUUGUGCCGAGCUGCCGAAAGUCAGCCCAGUUUUCCACUGGCCCAUGAUGACAAUCAGCUUCUUGAUGAUGUUCACGAAGGGCGCGGCAAGCCGAGCUCGGUUUUCAUCGGACGAAGCUUGCAUUUGGCCAGCAUUCUGCACCCGGAAUAUGCAAAGGCUCAGCUGCAAUUCGCCAGUUGGUGUUACAGCGAGGCAAAGCGGUUCGUUGAGAAGCAGGCCCCCGGCACCGUGAUCCUUUUGACCCAGCACGAGCGUCAGCAAGCUGAGGCGCUGAUUCAAGAUUAUGAGAAUACCAUGCUAUCCCUUUACAAUGCGCCUCACAGUGAGCCACAGGCCAGAGCGGCUAUUGAGCGGGCGUUGGGUUCCUGGCAUGUGGGUGACUCACAUUCGCUGCACCACGAGCAACCCCUCGAAGAGCUGCGAGCAACCAGCACCAGCGCUCUUCGUCAGGCAGUCCUCGCCCAAUUGCCCAAGGCUCAGGUACAAGUGCUGGACCGCUUUGAGCAGCUGUGGAACCAGAUCCACUUGCGCGCGCUUCAUCUCUUCAACAUUGCUGCACGGCAGUACUUUGCGGCGCUCCGUCUACACUAUGUUGGCACUGCCAAUCAGCUGGGCCAUGCCAACGAGGGCCGUCUGACCGCAACUCUGCGGCUCAUCCGUCUGCUGGAACGCUACGGCCAAGACUUGUAUGAUGUUUUGGCCUAUGGCUUUGCCCAGAGCAUCGCUGAACCUUGGGUGGCAAUCGUCCCGCAGCUAUUUAGCCGCGUGGGCGUGCGCUCUGAAAUUGUCCGCCAGACGAUUGUCCAGCUCCUUAUCCGCGUGGGCCAGUUUGCCCCUCACGCUUUGCUGUAUCCCAGUGUGGUGGGCCUGACCUCUGCCACAGACAAGAUCACCAAAAACAGCUUUCAAGCCAUUCGCCUCAGCCUUCAAGAACAUGACCAUGCCAUGGUCGCUGAACUUGAGGCCAUGAUCAGCGAAUUGCAGCGUAUAACUGUCCUCUGGGAGGAACGCUGGUUGGACUUGAUGACGCACCUCCAGCCGGAUCUUGCACGUCGAUUGCGCCAAUUGGAGGAUGAGCUGGCGCGCUUGGCACAGAACGAUAGUCUUCUGGCCGCACAAAAGCAACGUCUCAUGAUGCAAAAGCAUGCUGCCAUUCUGACGCCCAUCAUUGAAGCGAUGCGCUCGCUCAAAGCCAAGACCACAGCGCGCGAGGCGGAGACGAAGCAUGAACAGUGGUUCAUCACGGAGUUUUCUCCGAUCAUUGAUGCGACCAUUGAUGCACUAACAACCCCAGCCAGCACUGUGACCAACGUGUCCAUGCCAGGCGUUGAUGCUCUGCCUGUGACCGACGGGCCUCAUGAAAGCACCGCCGAACCUACGCCACACCCAACAUCCCGCCGAUCAAGCGUCGUUCUGAUCCAAUCCUUUCAGCCCGAAGUCCACGUCCUGCCAUCCAAAACAAAGCCCAAAAGGCUGACAUUGCUUGGAACAGAUGGGCACCGGUACAAGUUCCUGUUCAAAGGCAUGGAAGACCUGCACUUGGAUGAGCGAAUGAUGCAGAUUCUCGACACGAUUAAUGCCUUGCUUGCACCCCGAGCGCGCCACGCGCGAUCUCAUGUUCGCGCACGCAACUACAAUGUUACGCCUCUUGGUCCACGGAGUGGCUUGAUUCAGUGGGUGGAUCAUACGGUCCCCAUGUUUCAGCUGUAUCGAACCUGGCAGCAAGCCGAGUACGAGGCGCAGCGCGCUGAGCAUCAGGCCAAGAAGAGCAAGCGUGCGCCAAGCGCACCCCUUCGACCACAGCACCAGUUUCAAGUCGAGCUGCGUCAGGUUUUGGAUCGCAUGAACGUGCGCAAGGGCACGCCUCGUGAGCAGUGGCCCCUCGAAGCCCUGCGCCGCGCCUUCAAAACGCUUUCAAAGACCUCGAAUCAGAUUUUGUCGCGUGAAUUGCAUGUGAUGAGCCCCUCAUCGGCCGCUUGGCUCGAGGUAUUGGGAAACUAUACGUCCAGUCUAGCAGUCAAUUCGAUGAUUGGCUACGUGGUUGGGCUGGGUGACCGCCACCUGGACAACAUCCUUCUCGAUGCGCACACGGGCGAGCUUGUUCACAUUGAUUACAACGUCGCCUUUGAAAAGGGAACCAAGUUGCGCGUGCCAGAGCAGGUACCCUUUCGUCUCUCCGCCAAUUUUGUGGAAGCGCUCGGGAUUGCUGGCCUGCAUGGGCCCUUCCGCCAGCAUGCGGAGUUUACGCUGCGCGAGCUCAAGCGUUCGAAGGAAGUGCUCCUUACGCUGCUUGAAGCCUUUGUGCAUGACCCGCUUGUCGAUUGGGCCAAAGACGCGCAGGAAAUGGCCAAGCGGCGUGCGAUGGAGCAAGACAUGAACGAGAGCCUGCUUUCGGCUCGCAUUGAUGAGAUGAAGUCCCCACUUCUUGCCAAUCGGGGGCGUUUGACCGCGGCCUUGCCCCAAGGUGCGAAGGCGGCAGAUGAGGCUCUCCGCGGUCUUCGUGAAUAUCUUGGUGCCAUUGAUGAGCUUCGUGGCUUCGAGCGAGAGCUACAGCUGUUGCGGCAGGCCAAUGCCAGCACACAACAAACGCUCGAGCCGUUGGAGGCCCUGUACGAGCACGAGAAGAAGCAGCAAAGCGCUGUCAAUCAGUUGCUCGAGCAGAUUAAGGAGUCUCACCGCUCGUGCAAUUCGUGGUAUGAUCAGCACCUAGUCGCUUUUCAGGCCAUCAAGACGGGCCAGCUGAAGGAGGUGCUUGCAGCUUUAGAGGUGGCGCCCGGAGCGAUCUCAGCCACGCCGGAGAACUUUGACCGAUUUAUGGGCACGAUCGGCCAGAACGGUGCGCUCAAUGAGCUGCAGUUUGCACGAGCUGCAGCGCGCCGGGUUAUGAGCAAUCGUCACGAGCACAUGCUUGAAGUUGCAGGGCGCCUGCAGGGCUACAUUCGAGUGGCCCUCUCCUAUCCACCGGAAGUCCUGCCCCAGAAUCGUGUGCACAAAUGGAGACUGAUUUUUGAGACAGUGCUUGCCAACCCAAGCUCGGCCACGUGCUUGGCCAUGCUGCGAGAGGUGGAGCAGACCCUGCCGCGCGCUCUGACCGCCCCAUUGGCGUCACGGCAUGCCAUCCUUACCCGGGACUGCGAAGCGGCCCGCCGCGGCUUGCGAGACGUUGAGCAGCGCCAAGGCCGCUUGAGGGAUGUCACGGUGUUGCAGGCCCGAAUCGAUGAGCAGCGUGCUAACAUUGCCGCUUUAGCCACGGCCGAUGCUGGCGGCAUCCCAGGACAGCAGCUCCUUGCCCUGCGCUUGGUUCUGCUCCAGGCCCUCCUGAAUCGCUGCAAACCAAUCCAGCAACUGGAGCACGGAGCGCAACGUAUCAUCAAAACACGAGAUCUACUUUGCGUGCUUGAGACUACACACGAGUUGCAGCACCUAGUCGAUUUGGAUUUAACCGUUGUAGUACCAGAGCAAGCCGAGGUGCGACCGGAAGCCCAAGCGCUGUGUAGCACCUUGUCGGUGACAGUGAGUGCGCUCCGUCGACUUGAGUCGUCGCUCAUGGACGUACCACGCCUAGUGGAAGAGCUCUAUGAACAUAUGCAAGCAGACGCCGACGCGGUUGCCGACGCUCGCCAACUGAUACAGGACUUGAGUGGUCUACACCGUCUUUUGAAAAAUGCGGUGAAUGCCAGUGUCUCGGACCGUGUAUCCGGACCUCUACGCGCCGAGAUUUGCGCUGUAACAGAGGAGCGAUUUGCAAAGCUGCCUCGGUCGGCAUUUGGGGCGAGUAUCCAACGAGUUAGCAUGCGCCUUGCAGGCGCCAGUGACGUGUUGCUUCAGCGCUGGGCUGAACUGGCUACCAUCAAAUCCCCGUGGGCUUGGGCGGGCAUUAACCAAGUCUUUCCGGCUUUUACGGAUGAUCUUGCCUUUGAGACGGCCUUGAGUCGCCUUCAAGCGCUGGACGCGGCCGUGGGGGCACUCAAGGCCCUGUUGCGAGUGCAUGAGCAGCAAACAAGCAAGCGCGAGUCUGCAGCGGGCGAUGAGGACGAGCCAGCAUCUCUUCUGGCGGCCGAAGACAAACUCCGCGACUACCACGCGGAGCUGUUUAAACAGCGUUUUCACCAAGUUCUUCCGCAAGGUAUUCGCUGCUAUGUUGCCGGCCGUCUCCUUGAUUUGGGGGUCAAUGCCAUUAAGAUGGGUGCUGACCACUGGGCAUCUGGUAGCGAGAUGCCGUCAGAUGCCGAACUACUGGACAACUUUACUCGCCGGGCCAUUUCACACAAUGCGACGCGAUCUGACCGCAUGACUCAGGCACAGCGUUUGGUUGAGGGUUCGCUCGAAACUCUUGUUGAAUAUCGACAGAUUGCCAUGCUGCAGCGUGAUUUAGAAAAGGCACAGGCUGCAGUCCAGGCCUCGGAGCGGCACUUGCGCCAUUUCGAAUGGGUGCAUGCCCCGCACCUCCUUGACACAUCACCCGCUCCAUUUGUUUCGGAAUUGCUCAAGACGGUGCGAGAGCUCCGCUCGGCCACUCAAAGGCUGGAAGCGUCCCACAAAGAAUCUCGAGAAGUGCAGGCCGCAUACGACGAAAAGGCACAAGCUCUGUUGCAGCGCGUGCGCUGGAGUGCAAGCUCCAGCAAGACGGCCAGCGAGCUUGCCAUCGCUUUCGAGCAGCAGCUUCAAGCGGAUGCCUCCCGUCUGCUGCACGACCACAAGACCUGCAGCCUGCUUAUCGGCGUCACCACCGCCUCAGUACAUUUUGAGACGUUCCGCAUGAUGGUUGAUGACACGAAAGCGCUUGAACAGCGCCACAGCACCUUGUUGGAGCGCCUGCGCAUGUCGUGUGAACAGCUGGAAAGGCACCGCGCCAGUGCGGCAACGCUGGAGGCUCGAUUGCCUGAAGGAUUGAAGGAACAUGCACCGGAUGGCUACUUGUCACGUGCAUGGCUUGCUGAGCGGCAGCUUCAGGUGCCAAAGUUGGUUGGUCAAACUCGCCAGCAGGAGAGCCAAUUGCGCAAGACGCUACCAGGGCUAGGAGAGCAGGUUGAGGAAGCCAAUGACCUGAUUCGCAAUGCCGUUCUGGAGUUCAAAUUUCUCGUGGAGGAGCUGGACCCUCUGCUGGAGGCGAGCAUGGCAAACCGCCAAGAAGUACGCGUGUUGCGUAAUGCAUUUGCAGAUUGGUUUCAGCGUGCCGACGAUGCUGUGGACUUGCUUGGCAACCUUGUCGAGGUGCUACAGGCCGCCGAGCCUAGUGAGCUUCUUGAAUCGUGGACACAAAGCACCCUUCCGUCGGACACAGCCGACAAAGAUGGUUCUACCAGGGUGCAAAAGGACCUUGUGCGUCUCAUCGCCAACGACCAGACGCCAGACUUCCGCGACUUGGCAAAUGCCGUGGGCCGCUCCCAUGAUGCUUUGGUCUCGCUGCACAGCGCUGCGGGCGAUGCGCUUGUGGAGGAGACAAGUGGCGUUGUUGAUACUGAGAACGAAACUGCAAAGAUGACCUCUGAGAUGGCCAAUAAUGCGCCGCAACGGAGCAAGUAUGCUCUAGCCAUUUGGUCGCGAGUCCGUCAAAAGUUGUUGGGGCGAGUCGGCAAGGACGAUGGGGCUCUCUCGACUUCGGACCAGGUGGAUGCUGUCAUUCGCGAGGCAAUCUCGAUUGACAAUCUGUGCCGUAUGUUCGAGGGCUGGACGCCCUGGGUGUGA